AUGACCUUCAACUUCCGCGACCCCAAUAAUGGCCUCAACGUGGAUUUCAUGACAUACUCGAUGUACAUUUUGGCCAACAAAGACCCAGAGGCUCUGCUCGAUGCAUCAACUCUUGAGCGCCUUGCCAAUAAGACCUUUGCCACAUUUUUUCAGCACUUCGUCAGUAGCAACUUCUCAAUCGAAACUGGCGGCUGGGCGUACCAGCAGAUCAACAGCAGUCGCCCGUUUGACCCGGUGCCCGGUCAGUCGCUUCCUCCAGGCAACGGCUCCACCCCUCAAACCCCCGAGAACGUGAGCCUCACAGCGCACGUAGACAUCCACACACGGGUCGAGCUUCUGGAGGUCAACGCGGUUGCCGCGUGGCUUAGUGUGGCCAUCUUGGCCUGGUUCAUCCUCACUGUCAUUGUCGUGGCGGUGAUGGAGGGAAGGCACUUGAAGAGGUUGAUUAGAGAUUUCGAGUGUCCCGCAGACGUCCUCAUUUUGAUUUCGAGAAGCGAGCGACUACUGCAGUUUGUGCGGAGCAAGGAUUUGGAGGGCCAGGGUGGUGAAGAUGACGGGCAGGUGAUGACGAAGCUGGCUUGGUUUCAGGACUCGGACGGCAAGGAGAGAUGGGGCAUAGAGAUUGUCGAUGAUGCCUCUGAAAGGCCAUGA